CAUUGCUGCAAAGAAAAAGGAAAGAUAUCAAAAGUAGGCAAUCCGGCAAAAGAAUGAGAUAAAACCCUAACAAGGCAGCGGAAGAACAAAAACUCCAGUUGUAAAAUCUAACCGUCCAUCUUUCAUCCAACGGCCCACAUUCGCCACCUCUCGUGCUUAUCACUCCUCUUUCUUCAUUGUUUUCUUCUUUCAUUCUCUCUCUCCAAACCUGCUCUUUCUCUGUCUAAAAAUGGCCAUUGCCAUAACCGAUCAUCUCAGCAACUCUCGAUUCUCACUCCGAUCUCUAUAAAGACACACUCUUUGAUGCUUAACCAGAGCUUUGUUCUGCUCUUUUUAAGCUUUAGAUUUGGAAAGAUAACAGCUUUGAAGUUAUAAUCAUGAAAUCGUCUUUUUGAAACAAAACCAUCGAUUUUUCUUGAGGUUUUGAGCUGUUGAAGCGAAUUUCAUGCUAAUUUGAGCUUAAAAAAUUUGAUUUUUGGUUGUUUAGAGUAGAUUUUUUUUUUUGUAUAGAGAUGAUCACUGAUAGUUAUUCGAAGAUGAUGUCGGAUAUAGGAGUACGGUCGAUGCUACAAAGCAGCAAUGAUUACGGCGAUGAGGUAGGGUUGUUACUCCGAGAGCAACGGAGACAACAAGAGAUUAGUGGUAGAGAGAGAGAGCUGAGUAUGUACCGUAGUGGCUCUGCUCCGCCCACUGUUGAAGGGUCGUUGAGUGCUGUCGGAGGAUUGUUUGGUAAUGGUGGUGGUGAUUUUGUCGGUAUUUCGGAGGAGGAGUUGAGGUCUGAUCCAGCGUACAUUUCGUACUACUAUUCGAAUGUGAAUCUGAACCCUCGCCUGCCGCCUCCACUUCUUUCGAAGGAAGAUUGGAGGUUCGCGCAGCGGUUGCAGGGCAGCGGCGGUGGUGGUGGUGGUGGUUCGGCGAUUGGAGAUAGGAGGAAAGUGAGUAGAGUUGGUGGUGGCGAGGAUGGAGGCAGUAAUAGGUCGCUGUUUUUGGCUCAACCGGGAUUUGGAGGGAAGAAAGAGGAGAGUGGGAAUAAGUCGGGGAAGGAGUGGGGUGGCGAUGGACUUAUCGGAUUGCCGGGGUUGGGAUUAGGUAGUAGACAGAAGAGCAUUGCAGAGAUCAUUCAGGAUGAUAUAAGUCAUUCAACAUCUGUUUCUAGGCACCCAUCCCGUCCAGCCAGCUGUAAUGCAUUUGAUGCUAGUGUUGAAUCUUCUGAGUCCGAUUUUACUCAUCUUCAGCAUGAAUUGGCAUCAAUAGAUGCUUUACGUUCCGGUUCAAAUAUUCAGGGCGCAUCUGCAGUCCAAAACAUGGGUUCGUCUGCUUCUCAUACUUAUGCUUCUGCUUUGGGUGCUUCCUUGUCAAGAAAUACUACUCCUGACCCUCAACUCAUAGCCAGGGCUCCUAGCCCUCGCAUUCCUCCUGUUGGAGGAGGGAGGGCUUCUUCUAUGGAUAAAAGAAGUGUCAAUGGCCAAAAUCCAUUCAACGGUGUGUCGCCAGUUAAUGAGCCCGCUGACCUGGUAUCUGCUUUGUCUGGCAUGACUUUAUCGGCAAACAGUAUGGUGGAUGAAGAGAACCAUUCGCGGUCUCGAAUUCAGCAUGAGAUUAAUGACCAUCAGCAUCUCUUCCAGUUUCAAGGCGAUCAGAACUCAAUCAAACAGCAUUCAUAUUUAAACAAGUUAUCUGGACAAGCUGAAAUUCACAAACCUGCUCUGCCUUCUGAAAACUCAUAUUUAAAAGGGCCCUCUACGCCAACUCUCAGUGGAGGAAGUUCACCUUCUCACUAUCAGAACAUGGACAGUCCAAAUUCAUUGCUUUCAAACUAUGGCUUAAGUGGUUAUGGCAUCAAUCCCGUAUCACCAUCCAUGAUGGGUAACCAGCUUGGCAGUGGUAAUUUGCCACCUUUGUUUGAAAGUGUCGCUGCUGCAACAGCCAUGGGCGCCUCUGGCAUGGACUCUAGAGCUAUGGGAGGAGGCUUGACUUUAGGGCCUAAUUUUUUAGCUGCAGCAGCUGAGUUGCAGAAUUUUAGCGGAGUUGGUAAUAACAAUCCAGCGACUGCUGUUCAGGUUCCCCUUAUGGACCCUUUAUAUCUUCAGUAUUUGAGAUCAACAGAGUACCCUGCUGCACAGGUUGCGGCUCUUAACGACCAAAUGAUGGAUAGGGAAUGCUUGGGUAAUUCAUACAUGGAUUUACUUGAACUUCAAAAAGCAUACCUGGGGGCAAUGCUUUCACCUCAGAAAUCACAGUAUGGUCUUCCCUACCAGGGAAAAUCGAGUAGUUUGAAUCAUGGUUUCUAUGGAAACCCUGGUUUAGGCGUUGGCAUGUCCUAUCAAGGAAGUCCGUUGGCUGGUCAACUCCUUCCGAACUCUCCUUUUGGUUCUGGUAGUCUUCUUAGGCAUGGUGAGCGGAGCAUGCAUUUUCCUUUUGGGACGAGGAACUUAGCUGGGGGUGUCAUGGGAUCAUGGCACUCUGAAGCUGGUCGUAACAUGGACGAAAGUUUUCUGUCCUCAUUACUAGAUGAGUUUAAGAGUAAUAAGACAAAGUGUUUCGAGCUUUCACAAAUUGCAGGUCAUGUUGUUGAGUUCAGUGCGGAUCAGUAUGGGAGUCGGUUUAUUCAACAGAAACUUGAAACUGCCACUGCAGACGAGAAAAGCAUGGUUUUCCAUGAAAUUAUGCCCCAAGCUCUUUCACUGAUGACUGAUGUGUUUGGUAAUUAUGUGAUCCAGAAGUUUUUUGAACAUGGAUCUGCAUCUCAAAUAAGAGAACUGGCUGAUCAGCUCACUGGGCAUGUUCUGACCCUCAGCCUUCAAAUGUAUGGCUGCCGAGUGAUCCAAAAGGCUAUAGAAGUUGUCGAUCUGGACCAGCAGACUAAAAUGGUUGCAGAGCUUGAUGGCCAUGUUAUGCGUUGCGUACGUGAUCAGAAUGGGAAUCAUGUGAUCCAGAAGUGCAUUGAAUGCAUACCUGAAGAUGCUAUUCAAUUUAUUGUCUCAACAUUUUAUGAUCAAGUUGUGACACUGUCCACCCAUCCAUAUGGUUGUCGUGUCAUACAGAGAGUCCUGGAGCAUUGCAGUGAUCCAAAAACUGAAGAUAUAGUGAUGAAUGAGAUUUUCCAGUGUAUUUGCAUGCUGGCGCAAGAUCAAUAUGGAAAUUAUGUUGUUCAGCAUGUACUGGAGCAUGGAAAGCCACAUGAACGCACUGCUAUAAUCAAUGAAUUGAUGGGCCAGAUAGUUCAAAUGAGCCAGCAGAAGUUUGCCUCCAAUGUUGUGGAGAAGUGUUUAACUUUUGGGACUCUUGAGGAACGCCAGACCCUGGUAAAUGAGAUGCUUGGCUCCACUGACGAGAAUGAACCUCUUCAGGUUAGUCAAUUUCCAUGUGCUCCAUAUCACUUACGUGCAUGUGUAUUUGCAUUAAUGGAGGUGGUGAGCUGGUGGGGAUGAGUUGGUUGAAUGUGGCCAUUGAGGUGGGGCGAUUUGUCUGCGCUACAAGAUAGCUAGCUUAGGGGCGUUCGACAUAAAAAAAGCCUAUCCGGCUUGGUUUUGCUAUCACUCAUGACUUCUAUUGUAGUCGUAGUCUUGUUGUCGGCCUGGAAUGCCUUUGUAGUCUUUCUAAUGCUAAUGCCUUCUUCCUUCAUUCAUUUUCUUUUAUUUAUGGUAGCCUCCGCGUCCCACAUUCAAGAUCUGGUGGAGGCCUUAAAUCAGAAAGGCAAUAUCAUAGCUAUUAUUGACCCAACCCCUAUUACUAAAGGUAGGCCUACUUUCUUCAAGAUGCGAAACGAGCAGCCAGGAACUGCUAUCCUUAUUUUCUUUAUUUUAGAUGGAGGCAUCAAUAAGCUAAGAAUCUGACCUUUACUUAGAGAGAGGUAGUGGUCCCAAACUCUUCCGUGCUCGAGCCCAGUGGAACUACAAAGGUGGGUGCUGAGGGAGGAGGGGCUGUGAAGGGGUGGAUGACUGUUUGUUCAGGUGACUGUUGUGGCAGUGAUCUAAAAUGUUAGGGGUUGCCUGGUGGUAUGGGAGUGGUUGGUGGGUGGUAGUUGGGCAGCCUUGUGCGUGUGAUUGUGUAAGUGAUGACCAAAGGGUUGGGUGGUGUUGGCGUGUUGAUUUGGUGGUAGUGGUGAUGUGGAAGUGGUGUGUGCCCGCAUAUGCUUGUGUGUGCAUUGCGUGUUUAUGUGUGUAUUAGGGAGAAUACUGGGCUGAGAUGGGUGGAUUUUGACUGAAAAUGUAACUGAAGAAUGAGGAUAACGAUAAAAAUAGCCAGUUUCAGUUAUCUCUGUUAUUGGACAAGCUUGACAGCAGGUAUCAGUGUAUUUUUUUUAAACCAAAGGGGUGUCCAGGUAAUUGUAUGGUAUGCUUGGGGAAGGUUCUUUCAUACAUUUGAUCUGCAACCAACAUUGUUUCCAUGUUUUAUGAAUGCAAAAUUUGUCAGAAAUUCUACUCUACAGGAUUUUGUUUUCUAAUGAUGUGAAAUGGUUUAUUGCCUGGUUCAUUGUGAUGUACACGUUUACCUCUUCGUACCCCUAUUCUUAUUUAUUGUUGUUGGGAUCAGGUGAUGAUGAAAGAUCAGUUUGCAAACUAUGUUGUACAGAAAGUGCUGGAGACUUGUGAUGACCAGCAACUUGAACUCAUUCUUAAUCGAAUAAAGGUUCACCUGAAUGCUUUGAAGAAAUAUACUUACGGAAAACAUAUAGUUGCCCGUGUAGAGAAACUUGUUGCAGCUGGAGAAAGGAGGAUUGUUACUAUGUCUUCUUCAUAUUCUGCUUAGAAGGCACAGGGAAGUUUGUACAGCUAACCGAGUGUAGUAUGAGUGCCUUCUUCUUCCUUUUUCAUGUGCAACUAUGGCUCUGUUUGUUUAUUUAUUGAGAGCGGAGCUGAUUACGAAUAAAAAUCACUGUUUGUACUUAUAAAAUGUACAUUGUCUAGUUUGAGGAUAUUUAACUAUAAUCAGGCUAGCCGAGGCUCAGAUGGCAAACACGCCCGAAGCCCCUACCGAGGAGAGAGAAUUUCUGUACAAGUUUUAAGGGUGUAAAGGAGGAGAUAAUGUAGUGAAGUUGUAGUGGUGACUGUACAAAUGUUGGCUGGUGCAAAGCCUUUCCUUCUGUAUGGAUCAAUAAUUUUCCCUUAGAAAGUUUUUUUUUUUUUUAAAUAUGGCUGUUGUCUGUGUGUGCCUGGG